UGUAGACACGGUGUACGGACACGGGCCGUGCACACAGAUGCGGAUUCUACCCCGAUUUUGCUGUAUACGUUAGUCUACCAAAGACCAGCGUGGUAAAAAGAAGUUUAUGCACCCUUCGUGUGAAUUUAACUCGCUAAGUGCGAAAUGUGAACUUCUCAAACAACGUUCGUAAUAUUGAAAUUGAGUGAUCAUAGAGUUUUUUUGGCGUUGUAAAUAAAAUGGAAUAAAGUUUAUGGAUGUCCGAAGUUUGUGAACUCGUGGAUUGAUAUAGUAAAACUUUUACGAAGUUCGUAAGUGAAGUGAAGUGGUUUAUUUAAAUAGAGUUCUAAUACCGAUUGAGACUUGCAAUAUUGAUUGGGAUUUUUAUCAGACAAUGCAUCGUACAGUCCGUCGGUUGGCAUAUAACGAAUGGAUGCGACAGGGUUAGCAUGGGGCUGACAGGGCUAGGAGGUAUGAGAGCGCGCAUGGGCUAUCGUCUCAAGAUUGGUCUGGUUGUAAUCGUUAGCAUGGUACUGGGGUUCUUCAAUGAAAGCCAGGGUACGGUUCAAAAAGACUCGGCGCACUUCGGCCAGGACAGCGUGGGGUCGUUCCCGUACUUCGAGUAUAAUGUGCCGAGGAAUGUGACGACCGUGGUCGGGCAGACCGCUUUUCUGCAUUGUAGGGUUGAGCAUCUUGGCGACAAAGCGGUAUCGUGGAUAAGAAAAAGGGAUCUUCACAUACUCACUGCUGGAAUUUUAACCUACACGUCCGACCAAAGGUUUCAAGUCAUUCGGCCUGACAAAUCGGAGAACUGGACUUUGCAGAUCAAGUUUCCGCAAGAAAGGGAUGCUGGGAUCUACGAAUGCCAAGUAAACACUGAACCGAAGAUGUCUUUAGCAUUUCAACUUAACGUUAUAGAAGCAAAAGCAAAAAUACUUGGACCAGCAGACCUUUACGUGAAGACUGGCAGUUUGCUGUCACUUACGUGUAUCCUGAGUCAGGGUCCGCAUGACUUGGGGACGAUAUUUUGGUAUAAGGGAUCCAAAUUAAUAGAAUAUAAGGAAGUGGAGACGAACGAUGUAGUCGAAGAGCCGAGAAUUCGCCUGAAAACAGACUGGACGGAAAAGCUCACGUCAAGAUUAAUAAUUGACAAGCUUCUACCAACUGACAGCGGGAAUUAUAGCUGCAUGCCCACAAUGGCUGAAGGAGCCUCCGUCAAUGUUCACGUAAUAAACGGGGAACAUCCAGCGGCAAUGCAGCACGGCAACGCGAACACAGCAUCACCAUGUGCCCUAUCGGUUAACCUCGUCAUUUCUUUAUACUGCACACUUGCGACCUUAUACACGAACACAGUUGACGGCUUUAGAUGAAAGUUACAUAAAAUAUCUUAAAAGAUUAUAUCUUAAGAGAUGAAAAGUUGUAAAUUAUAUAAAUAUUUACCGUCGCGAAACGUUUUAUGUUAAAAAAUAAGGAAAAUCGUAUCUCAACUGUUUUUAUUUGCCUGGUGUUUCUUUGCAAAUAAGUAUACCUACUCAGAUACUCAGUGUA